UUUUACUCCAACGUCACGUCAAUGGCGAAGUACAAAAUAUAAAAAAGUUUAUCUUAUUCCAGUUUUUUCAAAAUUCUUAAUAGAUAUAAAUAAUUAUUGUAUAUGAUUCAGUGAAUAUUGCUUCCCGAAUGGCCGACGAGAAUCCCGGUGCUCCCGCAGGGGCUGACAAUCAAGUGGCAACUUCAGAAAACGGAUCUCAAAAUCAACCCCUUACUGCAGCAGAACAGCGUCAACCAACUAGACUGGAAUCCUUCUUCGCAGUAUCCAAAUCCCUAAUAAUCCGAGCCUUAAUAAUUUAUUUCAUUUCGUCCUUUUUCAGAGGAGGACAAAAACCCGCACAACCUGUCAACAGUGUCAGCCCCUCAGGGGCGCCAGUCACUCAGGCCCGAAACAUAUUUUCAGACGGCACUCCCUUAACUUUAUAUGUUUACUUAUCAGAGUCUGACGUUCUAGAAGACUAUCAUCACUCGAAUUUGUUUUGGAUUAAAGAGAAUAUUGUUUACGGUGAUUGGACCGGAGGGCCUAAUAAAGAUGGAAUGUACGAGAUUGAAAAAGAAGUUCCUAUUACAGAAGGAUUGAAGAAUAAUGGGUCAUUGUUUUUGCAUGCGUAUAUCACUAGGUUGGGAAAUAGUCCUGAUCCUAAAUCAAAGAAUUACGAUCCGAAUCAGAUGAGUUAUGCUUUCAAGCAACUCAAUAGAUAUAAAAAGCUAAAAUCAAGCAAAACCAAAAACCUCUUAACAGGAGAAACAGAUCAAGCUCUAGUAGAAGAUGGCAAAAUAAUUUCGCAUUGGCAUCAAAAUUUCACUUUGAACCUAAUCACAGACCAAACUCUGUGGACUUUCGGAUCAGUACCGGCCCCCCUGGACCAGUACGUUAAAUUCACCGACGAUUUCAACCACUACCGCCCCAUUUUGUACCCCAACGACUACUGGAACAUGGCCAGAGAUUAUAAACCUCUAAACGAAACUUACUCGUUAAAACUAACAUUCCAACCUUUGAGUUUGUUCAAGUGGCAGCUUUAUGCGGCUCAAGCAAUGAAAAACAACAUGUUCAGCAUGUUUAGCGAUAAUGAAGCGCAACAAAGUGACGAAGAACAAGACACUAUAAAAGAAACACUUAUGGACACUAAUCCAUAUUUGUUAGGUAUUACGAUUGCUGUAUCGAUUUUGCAUUCGAUUUUUGAAUUGCUGGCUUUCAAAAACGAUAUUCAAUUUUGGAACAAUAGGAAUUCUCUAGAAGGUUUAUCGGUGCGUUCGGUAUUUUUUAGCGUGUUUCAAAGUCUUGUAGUGUUGCUCUAUGUGUUGGAUCACGAAACGAAUUUUUUGAUUAAGGUUUCUUGUUUUGUCGGUCUUGGUAUUGAAAUAUGGAAGAUUUUGAAGGUUGUUGAUGUUAAAUUUGAAAAUGGGAGGCUCGUUUUUAAAGAUAAAGGGUCUUAUGUUGAGUCUAGUACUAAACAAUAUGAUGAGUUGGCUUUUAAAUAUUUAUCCUGGCUGUGUUUUCCUUUAUUAGCAGGGUAUUGUGUUUACGCUCUGUUGUAUUUAGAACAUAAAGGCUGGUAUUCGUUUGUAUUAGAUAUUUUGUAUGGGUUUUUGUUAACAUUUGGGUUUAUAAUGAUGACACCUCAGUUAUUUAUAAAUUACAAAAUGAAAUCUGUAGCCCAUUUGCCUUGGAGAAUGUUAACUUACAAAUUCCUAAACACUUUCAUUGACGAUAUGUUUGCGUUUGUAAUAAAAAUGCCUACGAUGUAUCGAAUUGGUUGCUUCCGGGACGAUAUUGUUUUUCUGAUAUUUUUAUAUCAAAAGUGGAUUUAUCCUGUGGAUAAAACUAGGAGGAACGAGUUUGGGUUCUCGGCAGAACAAGAAGAUCAGAGCAAGGCUGUUGUUGUUAAUGGCGGUGCCAAAGAAGAAGAAACUAAAAAAGACCAGUAACGGUUUGGUUUUUCUUUGUUAUUAUUUUUUAGUAUAAUUAAUAAAAAUGUAAUAAGUGAUUUGUUGGAUGAUGAGGAGUUUGGUGGUUGUAUGUAUAAAAAAAAAGGCUGCCUUUUUAUUAUUUAAUUUGUUUUGUUUAUUUGAAUAAAUGAAUUAAUGGAUUG